GUCACAGGUAAAUUUGUUAGACGGUAGGAUAAGUGGAACAGAUAGAAGGCUUGAUAACAUUAACAUAGGUCAUGUUUCAUUUCGCACACCAUGUAUGUAUGAUCUAUUUGACCCCUCCCCCUUCUCCAUCCUUAUCCCCAACCACAUAUACACACGGCACCCUAGCAGUGAGACGGAUAUGUUAUCGACUUAUCUCGUAUAUGAUUCGGCUAAAUGUCGUCUUUAAGAACUAUCUCUUAAUCUCCUUAGUCCUCGACCCAAGAUCCGUUGAGUUUAACAUGAUGACUUUUCCCUCGCUCGAGUGAAUUGAAGAAUGCUCCCACGCCCCAGCUUGAGCUUCACGCUCCCUAGCUUACACGACAACACCAAGCUCGACUGCCGAAUCUAUCAUCCAGCGUGUUUAAAUGGACCACUUGGGCCUUCCGAUACGUUAUGGCAUCAACACGCCGCCGUUGUUGCACAUCCCUACGCGCCGUUAGGAGGAUCUUAUGACGAUCCAGUUGUACAUCUCGUUGCUAAUACACUGCUUAAUCUUGGCUUUGUAGUUGCGACGUUCAAUUUUAGAGGCGCAUCAUCUUCCUACGGUCGUACCUCGUGGACAUCAAAACCCGAACGCGCCGAUUACAAGUCCGUUGCCGGUUUCCUCGUGUAUUACGUGCAUUACUUGAGCCCUCCUCAGCAUAACCCUAACCCAACCCUACUGCUUGCCGGAUACUCGUAUGGUGCCAUGGUGACGAUCCAGCUCCCCCCUCUCGACUCCUUCCUUUCCGACUUCGCCUCGCCCGCCGCCCAUACAGCCUUUGCAGACAUCAGGUUACGAGCACAGCACCUUGCCGAACAACAGAUAAUCAUAUCUACCACUCCCUCCUCGCCGAGGAAGUCUUUAGGCUUGCGUGUCGGCGGGGACGAGGACACGACAUUGUCAAAGACUCGUGAAAAUCCAAGGUCUCGUUCUCCUAAUCAGGAAGAGAGGAUUCGGAAAGGCGUCAAGGAGAUAUUAUCACGGCAUAGGCUAAUUCAUCGAAAACAUAAUCAUAGCUCUGUUGACCGAUCCGAAGGAGUGGGACGCGACGAGACAUUCCUAGAGAGUGUUGACAACCUAAUUCGAUUUCGCUGCAGCUUCCUAUUGAUUUCGCCUCCGUUAGGCAUUAUUACUAAUUUAGCGACUAUGUCCUUCUCAAAUCCGUUAGCGAGCCGGUCGAAGAGGAAGAGAGGGGUGUCUCCGUCGUCAACUAGCAACCACGGAGGAAAAGCCGAUCGUGAAGAGGUUGAAGCUGAAAUGAAACUCAUAAGAAAUCCAACUUUGGUCGUAUUUGGGAAUCAAGACGGCUUCCUAGCCAUAAAUAAAAUGCGUGAUUGGGUUUUGCAGCUAGGCAAACCCGAGGGGUCGCAUUUCCAUCAUGUAGAGGUUUCGGGAGCCGGACAUUUCUGGGUAGAAGAAGGCGUCGGACAUAAACUUCGGAGUUCCGUUUCCUCUUUUGCAACCAGAUUGAUAGAAAGUCCAUAGUCUACACUGGGUAGUAAAAGUCCAAGGCACCGAAAGUAGGGCCCUAGUACAUAUGUAUGCGCUGACAUCUAACCCUCGAAGUUCCGUUGUACAUGUAUAUAUUACACAUACCUACAUGUACCUACAUACCUAUAUACCUACCUAGUAGCAGUAGGUAUUCCCCGCAC